AUGACAUCAAGAAAAGGACCAUUUAGACUUGUCACUGUCAACACGGCACCAGAACGUGCUAAGCGUCUCAUUGGACGUCUUAUUGCCGAGCUUCAAGAUGAUUACGAGAUUAUUCACGUUGACAACUGUCAGAGCAUGGACGAGGUGAUCCCUAAAGUGACUGAACAUAAGCCUGAUGUGUUGUUCUCCGCUUCCAUGUGGUCACCAGAAGAGGCACAACAAAUUCACGCAAUGGCAAAGUCUAUUGUACCUGACAUCAAGCUUCAUGCCAUACCGACUGGUCUGCAAGUUGAGAGAGGACCAGAUGCGAUUGUUGAGUAUCUCGUUGAGAAGGUCCCUGCCCUGUUGGAUAGCUAG